UUCUCCUCCUGACCUAGCAAGCAGCAGCGGGAGAGCAGGAGGGUUGCCAGCUGCAGCAGGUCUGGCGUCUCCUCUUUUUUAAAGCGGCUUGACAUCUCCAGGCAGCAGAGCUGCAUGUGUGUUAGCAAAGCCCGAGGGAUAGAAUGGCAGUCCUCAAACUCACCGACCAGCCACCGCUGGUCCAAGCUAUUUUCAAUGGUGAUGCUGAUGAGAUACGUAUGUUAAUCUACAAAACAGAAGAUGUGAAUGCUUUGGACACAGAGAAGAGGACUCCUCUUCACGUCGCUGCUUUCCUAGGAGAUGCAGAGAUUAUUGAGCUCCUCAUCUUGUCCGGGGCUCGUGUCAACGCCAAGGACAACAUGUGGCUGACUCCUCUUCACCGUGCAGUUGCUUCAAGAAGUGAAGAAGCAGUGCAAGUAUUGAUAAAACAUUCAGCCGAUGUCAAUGCCCGGGACAAGAACUGGCAGACACCCCUGCAUGUAGCAGCUGCAAAUAAAGCCGUGAAGUGUGCCGAAGUGAUCAUUCCACUUCUGAGUAGUGUCAAUGUCUCUGACAGAGGGGGGCGGACCGCAUUACACCAUGCAGCUCUGAAUGGCCACGUUGAAAUGGUGAACUUGCUUUUGGCUAAAGGGGCAAAUAUAAAUGCCUUUGACAAAAAGGACCGAAGAGCUUUGCACUGGGCAGCAUACAUGGGCCACUUGGAAGUCGUUUCAUUGCUGAUCAGUCAUGGCGCUGAGGUGACAUGUAAAGAUAAGAAGGGUUACACUCCGCUUCACGCUGCUGCAUCCAAUGGGCAGAUCAGUGUAGUGAAACACCUCCUCAAUCUUGGUGUGGAGAUUGAUGAAAUGAAUGUCUAUGGAAAUACCGCACUUCAUAUUGCUUGUUAUAAUGGGCAAGAUUCUGUGGCUAAUGAGCUGAUUGACUAUGGAGCUAAUGUCAACCAACCUAAUAACAAUGGAUUCACUCCCCUGCAUUUUGCUGCUGCUUCUACUCAUGGAGCUCUUUGUCUGGAACUACUAGUGAAUAAUGGAGCAGAUGUUAACAUUCAGAGUAAAGAUGGAAAAAGUCCUUUGCAUAUGACAGCUGUCCAUGGGAGAUUUACACGUUCUCAAACUCUCAUUCAGAAUGGAGGUGAAAUUGACUGUAUUGAUAAGGAUGGCAACACACCUCUCCAUGUGGCUGCAAGAUACGGGCAUGAGCUUUUGAUUAACACCCUAAUAACCAGUGGAGCUGAUGCUGCCAAAUGUGGCAUCCAUCGCAUGUUCCCCUUACACUUGGCAGCACUUAAUGCUCAUGCUGACUGCUGUAGGAAGUUGCUGUCAUCAGGACAAAAGUAUAGCAUAGUGUCCUUGUUUAGUAAUGAGCACGUGCUGUCUGCAGGCUUUGAAAUAGAUACCCCAGAUAAAUUUGGAAGAACGUGCCUCCAUGCUGCUGCUGCAGGAGGUAACGUUGAUUGUGUGAAACUCUUGCAGAGCAGUGGAGCAGAUUUUAAUAAAAAAGACAAAUAUGGAAGGACACCUUUGCACUAUGCAGCUGCAAAUUGUCAUUUCCAAUGUAUGGAGAUGCUGGUGACCACAGGGGCCAAUAUUAAUGAAACAGAUGACUGGGGACGAACGGCUUUACAUUAUGCUGCUGCCUCAGACAUGGACAGAAAGGUAUUGUCUCAUAUUACUUGUGUGAAUAUGAAUAUUAAAGAGCACUUGAAAAAACACAAACCUCAGAUUGGGAUGGAACAGAUUUUCAUAAUGCUUCUUGAGAAAACCAGCAACAUUUUUGAAGAAUCGGAUUCAACUGCUACAAAAAGUCCUUUGCAUUUAGCUGCCUAUAAUGGCCACCAUCAAGCCUUGGAGGUGCUUCUUCAGUCUCUGGUCGACCUGGAUAUUAAGGAUGAAAAAGGACGUACUGCUCUAGACCUGGCUGCAUUUAAAGGUCACACUGAAUGUGUUGAAGCUCUCAUCAACCAGGGUGCUUCCAUCUUAGUCAAAGAUAAUGUCAGCCAACGAACCCCCCUUCAUGCCUCAGUCAUCAAUGGACACACACCAUGUUUACGGCUUUUAUUAGAAGUAGCAGAUAACCCUGAUGUGACAGAUGCCAAAGGACAAACUCCAUUGAUGCUGGCAGUGGCUUAUGGACACAUAGAUGCUGUUUCCUUGUUACUUGAAAAAGAAGCAUCUGUGGAUGCAGCUGAUAUCUUGGGAUGCACUGCAUUACAUCGAGGGAUUAUGACAGGGCAUGAAGAAUGUGUUCAAAUGCUGUUGGAACAAGAAGCAUUGAUUUUGUGUAAGGAUGCCAGAGGCAGGACACCUUUACAUUAUGCAGCAGCUCGGGGUCAUGCCACAUGGCUGAGUGAGUUGUUGCAGUUGGCACUUUCAGAAGAGGACUACAAUUUUAAAGAUAAUCAAAGUUACACACCAUUGCACUGGGCUUCUUAUAAUGGCAGUGAAAGCUGCAUAGAGGUACUGUUGGAACAGAAAACUUUCCGUAACUUUAAUGGGAACCCUUUCUCCCCAUUGCACUGUGCUGUAAUCAAUGAUCAUGAACAUUGUGCAUCACUACUCAUUAGGACCAUUGGAGCUGGCAUUGUCAAUUGUGAAGAUGACAAGGGAAGAACACCACUUCAUGCAGCAGCCUUUGCUGACCAUGUAGAUUGCUUGCAACUUCUCUUAAGUAACAAUGCACAAGUAAAUGCUGCCGAUAAUUCAGGGAAAACACCACUUACGAUGGCCGCUGAAAAGGGGCAUGUAGGGGCUGUAGAUUUUUUGGUAAAUAGUGCCAAGGCUGAUCUAACUUUGAAGGAUAAGGACUUGAAUACAUCCUUGCACUUGGCUAGCAGUAAAGGACAUGAAAAAUGUGCCUUGUUGAUACUUGAGAAAAUACAAGAACAGAGCCUUAUCAAUGCAAAAAACAAUGCAUUACAGACACCUCUUCAUAUUGCUGCACAGAAUGGCUUGAAGAUGGUAGUUGCAGAGUUACUGGCAAAAGGGGCAUGUAUACGAGCAGUAGAUGAAAAUGGUCAUACACCAGCCCUGGCUUGCGCUCCUAACAAAGACGUGGCUGACUGCCUGGCACUCAUUUUGGCCACCAUGAUGCCUUUUUCUCCUUCCAGUACAAUGACGGCUCUCAACUUCGUUUCUUUAAAAAAAGACAAUUUGAGCAGGACUCAUCUCUGCAAUAGCUCCAAUAUGAGUAGCACCAUUAACUCCUAUAGUAAACCCCUGAGUAAUGAUGUAGGAGCAGAAAAUGGAUACAAUGAAAAUGAUUCUGAUUCUGAAACAUUUUGACUUGAGCAUACAAUGUUCCUGACUCAGUUGCAUUUGGAUUUUAGUUGGUAUUUUUCUUUAAAAGACCUGAAUUCCGGAGUUAUGGUUAACCUUCACUUAUGUCUGGAAUUAGUAAAAUUAGACAAUGAAAGUCUUACUGUUGCAGCUACUUUCAGAAAAGUAGAGCCUUGGGGGUGGAAAUACAUUCUUGUUAAUGUUCUACUACUUCCAGCUCUUUCCAGUUUUUCAUAGGCCCUAAGGGCUCCUGUGGAAGAUUCUACCUCCUAUUUUAUGCAGAAAGAAAAAGCUGCCUUUUUCUGUUUUGACAGCACAAGUAAACAGGGAACUGUGGUGUAUAUAUUAUUGUGUUAAUUAUACUAUACUGUUGACAUAAAUACAUUUUUCCUGCACAGUGUUCAUAGUUCAUAGAAAGAAGCUCACAACUCUGUUCACCUUUUGUCCGUUUUAUAGUUUUUAGAUAACUUUGUUAUACAAACCAAAGGUAAAGCCACAAGUGUUUUUGUUUGUUUUGUUUUUAGGAACUGCCAGUAUCACUGCUUUAUAUGGAAAUUUAAUGUUCUAAAUUCCACAUCUAUUGAGCACUUAAAUACACAAAAGGCACUUUUAAAAGACAUUAGCUACACUUUCCUUUACAAUUUGACAAUAUUUAGGACCAAAUCUUGCCUGCCUCAGGCACAAGCCAAUAGCCAAUUGCAGCAAAGAGAUUAUUGGUAAGGCAGAUUUGAUUUGCCUUACUUUUUAUUAUUUGGUACAAACUUGCAUGGUUUAUUUGCACUCCACAGUUAAGGGUCCCUAGGAACUUGUGUCACCUGUGCUGUCAGACAAAGAUAUGCCCUAAGAAAAAUCAGCUACAAAUUGAUAAUGUACCUAAAUAAUUCAUAUUUGCCGAUUUGAAUAGAUCUUUGAUUUUAGGAUCUUGAACCUGCAAUGUGGUUUUUAUCUUAAGCACUGUCUGGUUUUAAAAUUUUGCAGCAUCUGAGUAAUAUCAAAUUACUUUUAUUUGUAAUUAUCAUUACUGUGCUAAGAUACGACAGAUGAAACCAAAACACACAAAAGUGGAAAAACCAAGCAAACAUCAAGAAGUGCAUAAGGGAAUUAUGAUAUGCUAAAAAGGCCUGCUGGCAUCAGCUUACUUACUAAACAUCUGCAUUAUGAAUAUCUACUCCUUCUGCCAAAGCUUCUAGGUCAAAUGGACCCUGUUCCUCGCCUGAGAAAGAUAUACAGAAAGAAGAAUGAGACUCUUAAAAUACAAAGAACUAAUCAGCUGUACCAUGAGGACCAAAAGGCAUCAGUAUCUUAAAUGGGAAGACUUUACUAUUUUUUUAAUAAUGCAAGUAACUUUUCUAAUCACAAAUGCACACAGUGUUUUCUGUAAUAGGAGUCUUGGCUGUAUUGUACACUUAAAGACACAAAUUUCUAGUUGAUUCUUUGACAUUUGUAACUGAUGGUGAUGUGUUGAUCACAGUUUAUUUUUUCAGACUAGAUAAUGUUCAUACUUUUAAUGUUAAAUGUGUUUAUAUUUAUUUGAAAUGAAACAAGUGCCCAGAAAAAAUGACCAUGGUUUGUUCUCUUUUUAAGUUCUUUUAUGUCUUUAUUAGCUAUGAAUUCAGGCAGCCUAGUAUGCUGAGUUUGAUAGAAAGAAUGGGCAGAGGAUGUGGCUACUUUGUUGUUGUUGUUCUUAUACACCAAGAUAGGGAAUAAUGUAAAAACAAGCUUUGUUCAUACCCAAUUUGUCAGGGGACUGAAAGUGUUUGCUUUGUGAAUAAAUAGCAAUCAUUGCCAGUAGGACUGGCCCUAUCAUUAGCCAAGGAGUGAAGGGAACUGCCUCGGACAGCAGUUUUGGGAGCAGCAGUGGUAGUUCCCUGCUUGUCUCACCUGAAUCCCUAGUUGCUUUCCUCUGCUGGAGGACAGAGUCAUGGGUGCCACACACCUUGUCCUGCAUCUGCUAAUUAGUCUGUUUCCCUCAGGAGUGGUGGAAGUGCACUCUGCAAACAUCAAUGUUCAAGUAAAAUUCACUUGCCAGCUGAGUUUAUUCCUACACAUGGAAAGGGGGAAAUCUCUGUUCUUUGCAUCAGGUAAUAAAAUAACUCAGGUUGUCGCUGGUUGCUAGAGCAGAGAACACACAGAAAAAAAAUCUAUAGUGAAUCUGUCCCUACAUAAGGAAACAGUUCUCCACAUUUCAUAGUACAAACCAAAGGGUGGACUAUGGAGGCAGAAGGGAAUUGUUACUCCUUUCUCAUUAAAGCAAGAUAUAUUGAUCUCCUUGCCACAGAGAUUUACAAACAGAAAAGAUUUCAAUUUGAGACUAUAUCUUCAUACAACAGCACACAGUAUAUUUUGAGCCUAGGUGCACUUUUCAUUGCAGAAAGAGUAAUCUAGUCCUCCUAGAAGAUUGUCAUCUUCUUGGUAAUAAACAGUGUUCCCACAUUUCAGCCACUUACAGUUUUCCUUCUGUAUACAAAAAGCUGGGUUUUCCAAAACCCAGCUCAGUUCUGGAAUACUUUUAGUCUUAGCCAAGUGAUGAAGGGAACAACUGCAUAUUGUUAACUCAAAAUGAAGUGGUUAUUGCGCUGCAGGCAGGAAAGUAACUCCCACUUGUUAGAUUCUGGCAAUUCAUGGGUUAAUUAAACCACAGUUACAUGGAAGUCAGAUUCUGAAUGCAAUGUCUAGAAGGGCAGUUUACAUGAAGAUGGGGAGCUUUCUCACCUUGCCAGACAAACUGUCCUUCUAGCCAUGAUCUGCCUUCCCUGAAUGGAAGGGCUCCACUUAUGGAAAGUGCCUCUACCUGAUUUUUUGGAAACAAAAAACCACAGCUCAUCCCCAUUCUCUGAACCCUCUGGUAAUGUUUUUAGCAGGUUGGAGGGGCUGUGGUAGGGAAAAUUGAAUGAGGACUGCUUCUACCCAUCCAGUUGCAUGUGCCUAAAUCUGGAGUCAAUCCCAAGUCUUAAGAGUUUUUUACUUCACAUUUUGCACUCUGUUAGCAAUACCAAAGUACAAAAUAAAUGUGGACCACAUUGGACAUUAAGGGUGCAUGCAUCACUUCCCACUUUAACACAAAAGCCUGGUUCACAUGUUAAGGCAAUCUUGGGUUAAUUGACCCACAAAUUGCCAAAAUCUAGCAUUAGUGUGCGCACUGCCUUGUUCUAUUGGUAGGUUGUUAGUGUGACAUCCAAAGCUGGGCAUUCUGGUUGUUAGGGGUUAAACCCAUGAGUUGUUGGGUUGCUUCUGGGUUCUUUAACCCCUGACAAUCAAUGAGUGGCAAUUGUAGGUUUGUUUUAAAGUAGAAGGGAGAAUUAUGUUGGAGGUAGGGCACUAACUUCCUUGUGUUAGCUUUCGGUCAUUCAUGUGUCAAGCCACAACUGCAGUUAAAUGCUAAAUGGAUCACACACAAGUAGAAACUGGGAAUUUGUUUAAGCCUACACUUUUCCUUGACUAGGGACUGUAAUGCAAGAAGUCACCAUUAGUUAGGGGUCUUGCUUCCACUAAGAUCCUGAGAAAAAGCCUGUAAAGUGCCCCAUAAAUCCCACUAUUAAGAUUCUGCAAUGAAUCCAUGACUGCAAGAUGCAAAGGCUCAUCUAAUAGUUAGAACACCAGCAGUUACUUACUGGAACAGCUCAGGCUUACCAUUCUCAGAACAUGAACAUGAGCAGGAAGUUGUUUUUUAAAUCUACUUCGAGAGGGAAGGAGGGAAUGUAAUGCUCUAGUAACUUCUGACUAGCCUGGUGGGACAUGGUAAAGCCUGUGUUGUCUGGAAGGGUUGAGAAUUCAUACAUCAGAUCCUGCAGCAAGCACAAGAAAGAGAUAUGCAUAAUCUGGGAGGUUACCGAUCAGCUUUUGACAAAUACAUAAAAGACUGAAAUUUUGAAAUUUAAUAAGAAAAAGUAAUCUUUUGAUGUCAAUCAGUGACAUCAAAAAUUGCUAUAAUUAUAAUAUAUGCUUUGCUGGAUCAGGAGAGAGUCUGAGAGGAACAAAAACAUACAUAUCAAAAUGAUUGCCAAUCAUAGUAUUCCUGUCCACUAUAUUUUGUCUAGCUGCUGCAGAUCUGAUUGGUAGGAAUUGUGAAAUGGAAGGAGUUUUUCCCCCACACCUCCCAACCAAUCCUUGAAACUGAAAUGGAAAUCCUCUUUCAUUAAGAACUUCAGUGAUUCUUAUAUUUUCCUUCACUGGGAAAUCCUAGCAUCUAAAUACAGUAAUAAGUUUUUCCUCUUAGUAUCUUUUCAUAAUCAAAACAGACAUUCUAGAAUACUGCUGAACAGUACUUAGAGAUAAGACUUGCUUAGUACUUAGAAAGAACCGCUUAGUCUGUAGAACUGAGUAGAAAAUAAGUAGUAGUUUCUUCUUAAUUCUGGGCUAAUUAUUAUUUAAAGGACUUCUUUUAGGGAGAAGUUUGAACCACCUUGAUUUGAAAGUUGGGAGAAUAGGAGGGGAUAUCCCAUUGUACAAGCAUAAGUCACUCUUCACAUUAGUCACUCUAUAGCAGCUUUGCCAAUAGUGAUGCUGAUGGAAGAUGAUGGGAGUUGUAAUCCAAUGCAUCUAGAGAACACAGGGUUGAAUAAGAUUGCUGCACUAUGGUGACUUUUUAUUUGGAUGUACUCUUUAAGAUAUCAAUUGGAUAUAUUUACAGGAUUAUCUUUUCUUCAAGGCUGUAAUCCUCUGUUCCAAUAUACAGAUGUAAGCCCCACAGAACAAAGCAAGACUUAAUUCCAAGUUCACACAUUAAAAUUGGGUUGCAUGUUGUGUAAUUCCUUUUUUCCCUAUCCCGAAUUGCAAAUGUAUUAGAAUAACAAUGCUUUGAAUAAUGACCUCACAGUAUUUUUGAUAGUGUGUCAUUUGGGUAUUUAAAAAAAAAGUGCAUUCCAUGAUCAUAAAAAAAAAUAUUUACAAUCAACUUAAGUGGGAUAUAGAUUACACUCUAAUUGUUCCCUUCACUAAAUGGCAAUACUGUUUUGUAGCAAACAAGGUACUGUACUUAAACUGUAGUAAAUAUCAGGUUUGGUCUUGCUUGGAUUUUUUAAAAAAAUGUCAGAGACUAAGCACUCUGUUUGUUCCACUGAAAGUAGUGGGAUUUGCUUUCUGGUAAAUGUGUUUCAGACUGAGAAGCAUGACCACGAGAAGUAAUGCAUGCAUCCUGUCUACACCCACAUUUCUGUGUUGACAACAAGUAUUUAAUUUUUGUGAAACUUCAACUGCAGGGUUAUAAUGCAUGACAUUUACUGCUUGCUGGUCUCUAUUGUUUGAACUGUAGGAUGAAAUAGCUCAGGGGAUUUCUGUUUAUCACUACUAAAAGGCCACCAUGUUACAUUUUGGUACUUUUUACAGCAAACAUCUGCUGUCCUUAACUAUGGAUUGUGACUAAUGCUUAAAACUUAAUUUCUUGUCUACUCUCUUUAGAAACUUGAUAAUGUAUCUGGGUUUCAUCAUAUAAAAAAACCUUUUAGAGUGCCUUUUUAUAUUUGUGUAUGCUGGGUAUGUAUUGUGAUUAUGUCUUUCUUUCAUUCGAGUGAUACUGAAGCGAUAUAAUACCUAUACAUUUUCAUUUCAAAACUUAAUUUGAAUGUGUUUUUAUUUUAAAAAUCUGCUUGUGUUAACAUGAAAAUUAAUAUGCUAAAUUUGUAUAGGAAUUGUGGAUAACUUUUUGAAGUGCUGCAAACAUUUUCUUAUUACACAAAGCAAACCUUAGGUCAGUGUUAUUGGGAAGGGUGUUUUAAAAUGGUGACAAUCUUGAGUGUGUAUAAAAUACAAUUAUAUGUGUUUGUAAUGCAGUGAUAUACAUAUUAAAAAGCCAAUAUCUAAUGUUUUUGGUAGUUUUGUCUUCAUAUUUUAUGCUUUUAGCAUGUGCAAUAUAUCUUUACAAACCAUGGUGAUAUGAAUCUGGUGACAGUGUUACAUUUUGUAUAAAAUGUUUGUAAUAAACAAUAUGAAAUAUUGUUAAAUGGUUUCAGUGAGUUUGUUGAUAUUUUUAAAAAUGUAAACAGAACUUUAACAACUUACAAAGGAGUUAAAUAACCUGGUUGUACGAAAUGAGUAUAACAGAUUAAUUGGAUCCUGAACUUAUUCAAGCACAGUUUAAUAUCUUUUUCAACUACUGAAUGCUGUAUUAAAUGUAAUGGAGUAUCCUUUCUGCAAAUGAGUAUUGAAAUGCAUUCAGAUGCAUAUUUUUACAAAUAAAUGGUAUAAAUCUUGUGGCAAAACCUGAGUGUGUUUGUCAGUACUUCUCCAUAUUUUAAGGGUUUUGUAUACAUGCACACAUUAUAAAAUGCAUAAUAACAGAAUAUAAACAAUCAUGUUUGCUGAUUGAUUUUUUAAAAAUGUCUUAUAAAACACAAUCUGUGUAAUAUUAAAAUCAAUAACUAUUAGUUGUUGAUGAUUAAUCAAUUGCUAGUAUUUAUGGCAUUAACAACAACUUAACAGCAAAAUAUAAAUUUUCAUUAUCCUGUCAAAUAUACAACAUCCAUAAUAAGUUUGUCACCCCCAACAACCUAGAAACUAUCAAAGUCUGAGAAUUAAAGCAUAUUGAAAAAGAACUCUCUUUGUACAGACUGAGAAGUAGGAUUCCAAAUAAAGCAGACUGUUCCAAAGGAUAAACUAUCACAUAAAAGGCCCUGUAUUUAGAAACUCUCAGGUGGGAACUGUUACUUUUUACUUUGUCUACAAAUCCUAAACUUAAUCAUUUGCCACUACUGCUUGUCUCUGUUCUUAAAGCAUGCUUCUAUCCCAUAAAACACU